AGAAUGAAAACAGUCUUGCCGUGGUGGAGUGUAUGUGCGGAUACGUAUUCGCUCCUGUUCCAUUAGAACCCAUACGUCUGUCCACACCGUGGGUUGUAAUAGGUUAAGUUAAAAACACUUUCACUGACUAUUAUUUACAUGUGGUUUUGACGUUUUUACAACAAUUUCGGAAAUACUACACUUAACAGACACCGAGUACCAAGGAAAAAUGACACGUUCGAUUGAAAAAUUCAAUAAUAUUUCUUUAUCCAGGCCCCGUAAACAAUUGUGUCAUUAUGUUAAAUAAGUGUUUAAACAAAGUUUAAAUAAAGAGAAUUUUUACGAAAAUGGAAGAAGACGACAUCGCCGUACGUGUGGCUGUCAGGAUUCGUCCGCAGAUUCCCCGCGAAAUAAUCGACAUGUGUCACAUUUGCACCACCGUCACACCGGGGGAGCCACAGGUCACUCUAGGCAACGAUAAGUCGUUUACGUACAACUACGUGUUCGACACGGAAACCGGUCAGGAAACUGUAUACGAAACCUGCGUAGCCUCGCUAGUCGAAUCUUCCCUCGAGGGGUAUAAUGCCACAGUUCUUGCCUACGGACAGACGGGGUCGGGGAAAACCUACACCAUGGGAUCAGGAUUUGACGUCGAGGUCAGGGACGAGCAAAAGGGUAUCAUCCCCAGAGCUAUCCAUCACCUUUUUAACGGUAUCCAUUCUCGAAUAGAAAAAGCACACGAGAUUGGUCACCUGCCGCCCGAAUUUAAAGUUACUGCUCAGUUUAUGGAACUUUAUAACGAGGAGGUCAUAGAUCUGUUUAACCCCUCGUAUAGUAAAGACAAAGUGUAUAAAAUCCACGAGGACCCUUACGGCGGCAUUCAAGUAAAAGGGGUGACUUUCAAAACAGUGGUUUCAGCUGAAGAGGCCUUGCAAUGCCUGAGGUUGGGGACCCUUUCUAGGACCACGGCUAGCACUCAGAUGAACACCCAGUCCUCUAGGUCCCACGCGAUUUUUACCUUACACAUCAAACAACAAAGGCUAGCACCUUCCGACGAUGAAGGCGCGAACGAGUUCGAAACGCUCAGUGCCAAAUUCCAUUUCGUCGAUUUAGCCGGCUCUGAACGCCUGAAAAGGACCGGAGCUAUAGGAGAAAGACAAAAAGAGGGUAUAUCUAUUAAUUGUGGUUUAUUAGCUUUAGGUAACGUUAUAUCAGCGUUAGGGGAUAAGACGAAAAGGGCGUUGCACGUUCCUUAUAGGGAUUCGAAGUUGACGAGGCUGCUUCAAGACAGCCUCGGCGGUAAUAGUCAGACUGUGAUGAUUGCUUGUGUUAGUCCCAGCGACAGAGACUUUAUGGAGACUCUGAAUACUUUAAAAUACGCUAACAGGGCGAGGAACAUUAAGAAUAAAAUAUUUAUUAAUCAGGAUAAGACUUCUAAGACAAUAUCGCAAUUGAAGCAACAUAUUGCACAACUACAGUUAGAAUUAGUAGAGUACAAACAGGGUAAACGGAUGAUUGGUGAGGAUGGAACUGAGACAGUUAACGAUAUGUUCUACGAGAACAACAUGCUUCAAGGGGAGGUUAACAACCUUAGGACCAGAGUUAAAGCAAUGCAAGAAACGAUAGAUUCCUUAACACUUAAAAACACUAAUUUAUUGACGGAGAAAGCAACAGGAGCUUGGAUAACUGGUUCCGCAGGGAACGACCAAGACGUUAGUUACAUGGUUCAAGGUUACUUGAAGGAAAUAGAAGAACUUCGAGCCAAGCUAAUGGAAUCCAACAACACGUGUGAACAACUAAGAAAACAACUUACCCGCUCUCACACCAGCACGUCGAUACUGAAUUCUUCCUUGGAGGAAAACGUUUCGUUUAUUGAAAGAGCCAAACAGAAUCUUCAAAAAGAAAAAGAGGUCCUUAACCGUAGAUCCGUAGAACUGGAGAACGAGAGCGACGGCGAUAGCGAGCAUGAUUCCGAAAGCGAAAGCGACGAGAAAGAUUUGCACAAUGAACUUAAAGAUGAACUUAUAACACUAACAACCGACAUAGACAUGAAGCAGAAGCUGAUAGAUGAACUGGAACUGUCACAAAGACGGAUGCAAACAAUGAGGCAACAUUAUGAAGACAAACUGAUGCAGUUGCAGUUAAAGAUUCAAACCACGCAAGAAGAGAGGGAUAAAAUACUUCAUUCUUACAGCAUGAGCCCUGAACCUUCCGAUAAAAUUAAAAAAGUUAAAGAUGAAUAUACAAAGAAAAUAUCGGAUAUGCAGAAAGAACUAAAGAGGUUACAAGCAGCCCAAAAGGAACAUGCUAGGCUUGUUAGGAGUCAAAGCCAAUACGAAAAUCAGUUGAAGUCGUAUAAAAACGAGGUUUUAGAAAUGAAACGCGCAAAGGUUAGGUUAAUUAAUAAGAUGAAGGAGGAAUCUCAAAAGCAUAAGGAAUCUGAAAUGAGGAGGUUAAGAGAAAUAGCUCAGUUGAGGAAGGAAACCAGGAAGAAUGCUAGUGUGAUUAAAUCAAUGCAAAAUGAAAGGAAAAUAAGGGACCAAGUUUUGAAGAGGAAGCAAGAAGAAGUAUCAGUAUUAAGAAAAAGUCAAAGGGGUAGGCUUAGUUUUAAAGCAGCUGGCAGGAUCGUGAAAGGGUUUUCUGAAAAAGCUGCCAAACAAAAGUGGCUCAGGGUGGAGAAAACUAUAAACAACAUAGCUUUAAGUAAAAAGGGCCUAGUUGAGCAAGAGGUGAGGAUGGAACACUUUCUUGAGAAACGUGAAACAUUAGGUAAGGAACUAGAGGCUUUGGAGAAACGAAGGGAACAAGCUGUGGUCAAAAACCAAGACGUUACACAGCUAGACAGUUACAUUGAAGACAUCAAAGAAAACAUUAACUAUGUUCAAGAAACUAUCAGUGAAACGCAGCACAAUGUAAUAGAAAUAGAAGAAACACAAGACACAAGCGGGAAUUUAGAUUUACAACAAAUUGUAACCUCUAUAUACGAUAUCGAAGAAGCCAAAUACAUCAUAGAAAAAUUAUACAACAUGACUCUCAGUCAAAGUCAUGCCGUCGCCCAAAGGGAUGCCAAGUUGAAAGAAAGUGAAGCCACCCUAGCAGAGUUGCAACAAGAGAACAAUGUCAGAGGCCAACUUCUGGAUCAUGUUCUUCACAAUGAAAUUCCAGUAUUCUCCAAAGAACUAAUAACUAGUGUUUCAAGUAAUACAAAUGAUACCACCAGUUCCAAUUCAUCCAGAUCAUCUUCGCCAGCACCCACCGAAAGGCAACUAUCUGUUCCUGAAUCUCAUGCUCACACACAUUCAAGCCGGUCAAAGAUAAGAAGGAGGACUGCCCAACCUGCGGAAAUGCUUUUUGGUUUGCACACGCAACCGUCAAUGACGCAAUCCCAGGAUUCUUCCAUGCUUCGAUUGGACUAUGGUCUGCAAAGGGUUCCGAGUGUCCCUGGAAGUCUUAAGUUAGUGGAUUUAUACCCUUAAUGGACUUGCAUCAUUCGGGAUGUUCCCUCUAACAAUUCUGUAAUAACUGUUAUAACUUAUUCAAUUAUCAAACUUGUAUGCAACAUUGAAAAUAAAGUAGUUUGAGUGAUCUCAUUUUGAAU